CCGGUACGAGCUGCGGCCCGAGUUCUACAGCGAGUUCAACCCAUUCUUCUACCACUACACGCGCGAGGAGCAGUCCAAGGCGGAGGAGGCCCAGCUGAGGCGUCGGAAGCAGGCCGGACUGGAGCCCUGCUGUCCGCCCCCCUUGCCCCCGGAGUUCGCCCGGCCCUUCGCCAUGGUCGUCAACCUGCUUCAGUGUGACGUCAUGCUCAGGGUGCUGAACCUGGUGCUGGAGCGCUCGACCAGCCCCAGCACAGGUGCGUUCUCGGAGACCCAACUGGAGAAGGCGCUGCACUUGAUCGGGGUGGCGCUUCACGAGGAACAGCGGCUGCGGGACAAGGGGGUGCCCAUGGCCGACUCCUUCUUCGCCUUCACCUGCCGGGCCACGCUAGGGGGCCUGGCUGCCGCCCUCGAAAAGUGUGCCGCUUCGCCUCGUGCGCCCAGCCAGAAGCCCCUGCUGGACCACACGCUCCGGCACUUUAGGAUAGUCCGUGACGGCCCUUCCGACGCCGCCUCGACCCCCAUGGAGGUCGAGGACUCGUCUGGCAGCGCCAAGUCCGACGGAGGCGGUGGCGUGGGAGGUAGCGGUCGCAAUGCGGCCGCUGCCGCGGCCCGGCGUGCCCGCAUCAUGGCCCAGAUGUCGGCCAUGCAGAAGAACUUCAUCCGCGAGUACUCGGACCUCUUCAAGGAGGCCACCGAGACUGAGGUGGCGUCGGCCGCGGCCCCCGAGGUGGUGCGGCACACGUGCAUCCUGUGCCGGGAGGACGAGGAGCUGUCGCUGAGCGGCCGCACCCUGGUGCUGUCCGUGCUGGUGCAGCGAUCCACCGUGCUCUCCAAGGAUCGGUCGCAGCUGCCGCCGCCCCCACCAUCUUCGGGCGGCGAGGACGAGGACGAGUCCCAGUCCAAGAAGGAGGGGUCGACGAACCCCCUGGACGAGGAAGACCCCACCUGUGCCUUUGGGGACCUGCGCUAUGGUCCGCAUGCCAGUACAUGCGGUCACGUCAUGCACGCCCGCUGCUGGCAGAAGUUCUUCGAGUCGGUCGUCACCAAGGAGCGGCGGCGCCCAGCCAGGUAUGGCCGGCACAUCAGCUUCAACGUGGAGAAGCGAGAGUUCCUCUGUCCACUGUGCGAGUGCCUGAGCAACGCGGUGGUCCCCCUGCUGCCACCAGUGUCGGCACUGGUGCCUUCCGAGUGCCUCGAACGGGCCGCCCAGGUUCAGGCCCUUGGCCCCGACCCAGGCUUUGAGGCAUGGCUACGGGGUGCCCGCCUGGCUCUGGAGCGAGCCACCCUGCUGCGUCGGGAAGGCCCCUCCAGCGAGGACAAAAUGCACCCCCGCCUGCUGCCUCCGCCCCUGAAGGAGGUGCUGGAGGCGAUUCCUCCCGAAGCAGCGAGCCACCUGUCCCGCCUGUACGCCUGCUACAAGGAGCCCGUGGGCACCAACGCAAAUGGCGCCGGCAACGGUGCAGAGGGUGGCGGUGGCCUGCAGUUCCCCGGCACGUUGUCCGAAAUGCUCAAGCUUUUCUGCCAGGCCUGCUACAUGGUGGGCCUGGACGCCCACCCCAACGUGGACGACGACCGGGUGCCCGCCCAGGUGUGGUGGUCGUGCGCUUACACCAUCCACGGGGCCGAGUGGCUCCUGCGGGGCAAGCCCCUGCUGGGCGACCUGUCGGCGCGGCGAUUGCACUGCCUCGAGGCCCUCGUGCGCACCGCAGCCGCCUCGCUGCGUGUCUCGCCCCCUGAGGCCGUGUCCAGCCACUGCCUGAGGCUGCUGGGCCGGGUGUUUGCCGUCGCCAGCCCGCCCGGUACGUGCCCCAACAGUUCUCAAGAUGGCGAUCCCGCAAUGUCAACAUCUGCGAGUUCUCAACCUGCCGCCGACACGGCGACGGCAGCUGCAGCAUCCUGUGGCGAACCUUCUAAAGAACCACUGACAUCGGCCACAUGCCUGGCACGGGACAUCCUAGGCACUGCAGGCGUGUCGCCCUCUGAACCCAGCCUGCCUCCGUCAGUGGCCAUGACUCUCAAGACCGCUUCCACCGGGUCUGUGCUGGACAUAGACGCAUUUGGACUGCUGGUUGCACUGUGCCUGUCGGCACCAUCGUUGUUUGCCGUCACUGCACCCCUGCCCCUAGGGGGCGCCCUAGACGGUCACGUCCUGCGGCUAGUCCUUGCCCUUCACCUGGUACAGGUGAUUCUAACGGUAGAGUCACAUGAGGAGAAGAUGGAUACGGACUCUCCAUCACCUGUCGAGGAGCAGCACAAAUCUUCCGAGUCUGACUCGAGGCUGCUGGACUUCUGCAGGGAAGUGCUCUCUGCCGCUGGAAUGCUACCGCAGAAUCUGUCAACGUUAGGUGCACCAUUUGUGGAGGCGGUGCACGAAGGCCUGCGCCCGUUUCUGCGGUGCAGUGCCAUCUUUCUGCACUUCCUGAGUAGCCGGCCACCCCCCGAUGCCUUGUGCUUAGCCGGUGGCGACACCUGGGGGGCACUUUGUGAGUUCCUGUCUGUGCCGACCGACCUGUCCAGCAUCCUGGCGCCUCCACUACUGCGGCAGCUGGCAUUGGGGUGGGCGUCUCAUCCGCAGGUGCGCGUGCAGCUGCGCUCCCCGCGGCUCCUGCGGCACCCUGUGCAGCCCAACCGGCUGGUGGAGCUGCCCAGUGACUUCAGCGAGCUUAUCAACGAGGCGUCUCUCUUCCGCUGCCCCAACUCGGACGGGGACGACUCGCGUUCGCCCACCCUGUGCCUCAUCUGCGGCCGCAUCCUCUGCUCUCAGAGUUAUUGUUGCCAGGUGGAGGUUGGUGGGGACCGGCUAGGUGCAUGCAACCUGCACGUCACCACCUGUGGCGCAGGCACGGGGCUCUUUCUCCGAGUGCGGGACUGCAAGGUGUUACUCCUGGUGGGGCGCACCAAAGGUUGCUACCUUCCGCCCCCAUAUGUUGAUGAAUAUGGCGAGACCGACGCAGGCCUGAUGCGCGGCAACCCAUUGCACCUGUGCCCACGGCGCUACGAGCAGCUGCAGCACCUGUGGCUCUCGCACGGCAUACCUGAGCAGGUGGCACACGCUCUCGAGCAGUCGACAGGUCUUUCGUCAACGAACUGGGCCCUCAUGUGAAUCAGCGAAAGUGGUGGUGCGGUACCAGCGCCCAGACUCCUUGUCCAAGCGUGUGUGAGGGUGUCGAUGUCUGUAAGAGUGGGAAACGUGCCAGUGCGAGCUUGUCGCCACAUUGGAACUGAAUUCCUGCCGGGUGGCGCCCACAUCACCGACCCUGUGUGACACCUCUGUGUGGACAGGGAUGUGGUUGGUGACCUGCACUUGAGCGCCCACUGUGUGCGGAGCAUGGUCCAGUGCACUUGGAUGUCUCGCCUGUGGUUGUUGCCCGCGUGCAGCCACGUCGCAUGAAUGAAGCCUGCAUGCCGAUGUCGUGGCAAGCUCGGAGAGAGUGAGAGUUGCCCUCGGUACUCGGGACGUCUCUCAUUUGUCCAAGUGGUGUCCUUGUACUAAGACAUGUAGACAAGGUUCCCAAUUUCAUCCUGGGGCUUCUUUGGUGCGAGACUGCUGCCGUGAAGAAUGUGAGUGGGCACGUGAUUGCCACUUGGGACGUUCUGGCGUUGUGUGGGGUUCUUUUGCCUGGAGGAAGCGCAUGCUUUGUUGGAAUAAGGGACCGACUGCUCGUGGCAGCAAGGUAAGGACGCAGCGUGUUCCCCCUGAUGUACGUUGCGCAGGAAGGGCCCUUGUGCUGCAAAGGAAACAGUGCAGUUUUUUCCUGCAGCUGGGCUGUUGGUGUGGAAGGUGACAAAGCACAAGAACCAUCUUUGUAAAAGAGAGCGAUUUGAGAGGGGGGGGGUAGGCAUGCUUUUACGAGCAUUGGUGCCUAUGGUAGUUAGUGAGCCAUGAGUGCUGAUGUCUCAGCUCUUUUUUGGCGGGCCUUGAAGAAGUAAUAUAAAGCCCCUGUGCCUAGAAGAGUCCAGGAAACUACUGCAUUUAGACAAUUCGUGACAAGACUAAUCGCCUUUUCAAGUAGGCUUGUGUAAAGCAUGACAUUUCUGUUCAGCAUGAUGCCCGCACUGUGCUGCGAGCUGCUUUAGGAUUCCGGCCACAAGUUUUGAUUUCUUGAGUUGGACAGCUAAUUAAAUGCUGCUUCUAUAUGGCUCCUUGCCUGUGCAACAGAGUUGGCACCAACAUUUUUUUUUUUUGUUCUCCUGGCUAGUGGCGACUGGAAGGAAGCUGUGUAAAGUAAGCAUUUACCAGUUCUUUAAGCACUGGCAGCAAAGGCAAUAGGCUAUGUGAGGGAAUGACUUCAAACACUUUAUUCGGGCAGUUCUGUUUGGGUGUUACAGUGUGCCACUUGUUGGCUGCUCUUUAGUUUUGAUAAUAUGGCUGCAGGUUUUACCAGAAAGCCUUUCUUAUGUUGUAUCCGAAUAGGUUGGCAAAAAGUCAAUGUGCCCCAUUGACGAACCAGUGUGCAGGGCCAGCUGGCUUGGUUAAAAUACCACUUUGUUGACAAUGCCUAGCAGCAUCUUUGGGCUGAAGUGACCUACGUAGUUCGCCACUUUUAAGAGAGUGGGAAAGCUUGCAUGUGGUUUGGUUGGCCCUUCUUGUGUAUUGGUUUUCCUUUCUCUGUUUGGAGUUGCACCUCGAGUUUUCAGUCAUAGCACUCGAAUGCGCAGUAGUGUUGCCAAUAAUUAUCUUUGCGUUGUAUUGGUAAAUUAUGAUCUUUGCAAUCACGUUUACAACACUUAAGUAGGUUGCAUAAAAUGCAACAGGACUGGAAGUUCUGUCAACCAUUUCGGUAUUUGUGGGAUUUUGUAUCUAAACUGUGCGUGCAGCGUCAGGAUUCCUGCAGUGCUGCCCUCUGUGGUUAUGCUGUGUCAGUUAUAUUUCAGUGGAAGUGAUGAUGUUUGUUUGUGGUAAGGCUUUUGAAUGAUUUGCAGUUUACACUGCCAUUUAAAGAUGCCUCUGAGAUUUUUAAUUGUCCCGAGUUUGUUGCAUAAUGUGGUGGGAAUGGCUUUGCCUGUAGAGCGCUGCUUCGUUGAUAAAGCUGUCUCUCCACAAGAGGAAGACUUGUGGUUCAUUGGAUCACAUUGCAGAUGCGUUAACCAUGUGGCAGAAUAAAUGCAGCAGUAUUAUUGAAUUUGCUAAAAAUAUGCUUUUUAUGUGGCCGAGCUGAUACGAGACAUCAGUGAAUAUUGGAGUUUUCCUUUAUGCAUACCAUAUCCUCAGCAGCUACACUUAUUGUUUCAGAAACUGGUAAUGUUUUAUUCCAUAUUAUUAAAAUGAACAAUGUGCGCUCACAUAAUGCUCCUGGUUGGAAUGGGUUCAUUCAUAGCAUAGCACACUUGUGAUGUGGUGUUGUCUCAUUUACUCAAGUGUGUUCUUGUUUUGAAGCCAUUUUGAAUAUAUAUAUAUAUAUAUAUAUAUAUAUAUAUAUAUAUAUAUUUCAAUUUUCCCUAAUUGAGGUGUUCGAUGCUUUUCUAUAUGCUGUGAACAACUAUCGGUGCUCAAAAUUUGUACAGUUUCUUUUGAUUGUGCUUUUGAAUGCUCACUUUUACCUUUAUGUUCAGAGGCCUGAGGUGACCAGCCAUUAGAGCAUUUCAGAAAUAGGCAGCCUAAACUCUGGGAAUGCUAUAGGAAGUUUUAGGUAUUGUGCGCCGAAAGUUAUAGGAUGGAAACCACCGGGUGUACAAAAUAUCACACAAAGUAUAUGGAGGAUUGCAGAAGUAGUGUAAAACAAGCAGCCCGUGGAGCUUUGGGUACGCAAAGACGCCUGGGGUUGCUAUUUAUAAAUGUUUCUCUUGUCUUGAUGUACAAACUACUUCAAAAAGUACAAAGCAGCAUAAAAUGUAUGCUAGGAAAUUUGGGUUUUUUGUUAUGCAAGGCCACCUUGGGCAACUAUUUCUAAAACUCAAUUAUUCUGGCUUGGCAGUUCCUGCCUUAUAACACAUCAGUUAGGUCUUGAAAAAUUUUGAACAGGCUUGCUGCAGUAACGAAUCUUAUGAGCGUUGAAAGAAUUGCUUGAACAGUGGUAUGGCAGACUGGUUCAUGCAGCAAAUCUUAUGUGGAUAGAUUUUGACGCUGUGAGGCAAAAUCCUUUACUUCUUAAUGUAGUCUUUGCCCAUGCUUGGUGGCUUUUCAGCGGUCAUUUGGAGAGUCUUUUUACAAGUUGACCCUCAGUUGAGGAUGCUAUCCCUUCAUUGUAAGGUGGUUUAUUAAAUGGACACUAAAUGGAAUUAUGAAGUCGAGCUAGUUUGAAGGUUAGGCUUCUGUAUUAACGAAUUUGUCAUUCCUACAGUGGAGGGAGUGGAGUGGAUGGAGCUUCUCUAAGCGAGAAAAUGACGAAAAUGGAAAAUCGUAGGAGUGCCACCUGUUGUGGACUAUGGUAGCACCCCUGCGACGUUAGCAUUGACUGAUUCACAGAGAACGCUAUAGAGGGAGACCAUAUGGAAGUGACGUCAAGUUGUGCAUUUUGGCACAGGCGGUCCAAAUUGAGGAGCCGUAACGGGACCUUCGGCAGCAGUUUUCGACAAACGAAAUGACACAUUGCCACUCAAGACGACGAUAGACUUCUAGACAAAUAAUCUAUCGAACCAGCUUGGCUUAAUAUUUUCAUAUAGUGUCCCUCCAAUUAUACAUUCUAUUAGCUGUAAAGGAUCUCAAGCUGGCCCAUGUUCUAAAUGAGCUCAACGUAAGUACUUUAGGCAACUGAUGAGUUAAUCCUGUGCUACUGUUAUACAAAGGCAGUUGUUUUCAAGAUUGCAAAAGGUUCUGUGGGGUUCUGGGUCAUUUUCAAGUUAAAAAGUCUUAAUUGAAAACCAUAACGCAUAUUUUUUCAUGCUGAAAUGCUAUACAACAGCCAAGGCAUGCACAUAGAGGCAAACUAGACAAGUAUUGUGGUUUUCAUGCAUCUUGAUUGCAUUAGGUGACCCCAAAGUAGCAUGGACAGAUAGCUUACAGAGUAUAUUUCUUCGUGCCUUUGACACAUUGCACUUAGGUUUUUAGGUUCUGAUGUUGUUCGUUGUGUUUAUUACCAGGCGUUCUUGUUUUGUUUCAGGCACAUUUUAACAACAUUAUCCUGCAAUGUGUGCUGAUCUGGUGUAUGAAGUGCACAGGCAGGUACAUUAUCUUUCAGAGGCUAAAUGUAAGCCUGUGCGUUUGUCACAGCAUAGAAAUUUCUUUUAUGCAUCAUGUGAAACUGUAUUUCAUUGAUCGCUACUGUGUGCUCUUAGGAUCAGUGAUACACCUUUUAUUGUGUAAUUUUGUUACAUGAAAGUGCAUUUCUCACGAACUGCGUUUCUAGUACUUUCUUUUGUACCGGGAAUGCUACACACAUUGUCUCUAACUGGGAAGUACUUGGUGAAGAUAGGACAUGUACAUGAGGACUGCUGCAUAACAAACUACACACUAAAGGGGGCUAUAAAUUUCAGGGUGCAUCUCAACUCAGCGUCACACGGUUUCACCAAGCCACGUAGGCAUGCAAGGGCCCCCUGCACAACUUAUCUUAUCACAGCUGCUGUGAAUUUCCUUUAAUGCUACUUCAAGAUGUCAGACGACUCCAGGCUAGACGUGCAGGAACAUUCAUAUCAAAGUUUUUUUUUUCUCUACACCGUUCACCCCUGCCAGCACUGCAAAUUCUCAAGAAAAAUGCAAAUGAGAGAAAGACUGUACACAUGUCGAGUUGAGGGUCUGCCAACUUGUUCGUCUCUCGCUCUCUCUGGAAGCACCUCAGUUUACUUUGUUGCGUGUACAGACGAGGUUGCACGCGGCAGACCAGGUCAUGGGCGGGAAGGUGGUCUGUUUUUAAUUCUUUGUGUGCCUUGCGGGAUGUUGGGGCACACUCGCUGUGAACAUACGUGCUUGUGGUCACCAUUUGCAUGGAGGCGCUUAUUUUUUGUGCAUCCAGGACUGUGUGAAUGACUUUGUUCGCGCAUCUAAUAAAAGAAUGCUAUGUUUGGGA